AUGCACGGUUCGAUUAGGUUCUUCUACUCCAGAGCGAAAGAUCAACCUCAGUUGACACAACAUGACGAUUUCGUGGUAGCCGAGUUAGAAAAUGGACAGGGUGGAGCUAUGGUCCUGCCUUCUAAUUCAUCUGAUCGGUCUGACAGAUCUGACAAACCUAUGGACCAAAAGGUUUUGCGACGGCUUGCCCAAAAUCGUGAGGCAGCAAGAAAAAGUCGGUUGAGAAAAAAGGCAUAUGUGCAACAGUUAGAGAGCAGUAAGCUAAAACUUGCAAGCCUGGAGCAAGAACUCCAGAAAGCUCGACAACAGGGAAUCUUCAUAUCCAGUUCCGGAGAUCAAACCCAUGCUAUGAGUGGAAAUGGAGCUAUGACCUUCGAUUUAGAAUAUUCUCGAUGGCAAGAGGAACAAAAUAAGCAGAUAAAUGAGCUGAGGACUGCAGUAAAUGCUCAUGCAAGUGAUAGUGACCUCCGUCUUAUCGUCGAUGGGAUAAUGGCACAUUAUGAUGAGAUAUUCAGGCUGAAGGGCAUUGCUGCAAAGGCUGAUGUGUUCCAUAUACUUUCAGGCAUGUGGAAAACACCUGCUGAAAGGUGCUUCUUGUGGCUUGGGGGUUUCCGUUCAUCUGAGCUUCUAAAGCUCCUUGUGAAUCAGCUUGAGCCUCUAACUGAGCAACAAUUGAUGGGGCUAUCCAAUCUCCAGCAAUCCUCCCAGCAGGCUGAGGAUGCAUUGUCACAAGGAAUGGAAGCAUUGCAGCAAUCGUUGGCAGAAACGCUGGCUGGGUCCCUUGGUCCAUCAGGAUCUUCUGGGAACGUGGCAAACUAUAUGGGUCAAAUGGCUAUGGCCAUGGGAAAACUUGGUACACUCGAGAAUUUCCUUCGUCAGAUGACUGGAGGGUCAGUCCUCUCUGUACAAGCUGUAUUAACAUCUUCUGGUCUCAUAUUGUGCUUCAGUGUUGUACAAGUUAGGGUAAAGCUUGGAUUAACUUGUAAGUAA